CGUUGAACUUCAACCGUGACGCUGUCAAUGUCAGGGUUGCUUCUCGUCACACUGCCGCCAUGGCCAACGGCCAGAAGAUUAGGAUUGCCGCCCGACUUCGACCUCGACUGAGCGGGGAGGUCGACGACGAUGCUAUCAAAAUAUGCCACUCUUUGGACGAUACUGGCGCCUCAAGCAGCUCGGCCGCUUGUCAAAGUUUCAUCACUGUACCCAAUCCAGCGAAUGCUGCCCAGAUUUUCAAGUUUCCUUUCUCAAGCUGCUACGACCAGACAUCCACUCAGGAGGAGAUAUUUCGGAAUGACGUCGAACCAUUAGUCGACGUAGUGUACAACGGCGUCACAGUGACUAUAUUUGCAUAUGGGGUUACUUCCUCCGGCAAGACCCAUACCAUGCAAGGGACGAAAUCUGAACCGGGUGUCAUCCCUCGUGUUGUCAGAUCUCUCUUCGAAAAGAAAGCCGCCCUAAACCACCCCGAUACCCAGCUCUCCGUCUCUUAUAUGGAAAUCUACAAAGAUGAGGUAUACGAUCUCCUGGUCACCCGAGAGAAUGCUCCCAAGUUGCCUGUCCGCGAGAACGGCGCUGGGCAGGUCUUUGUUGCGAAUCUGUCAUCUAUCCCCCUUCAGUCCGUUCAAGACUUUGAUAGCAUCUACGCUCGAACGACAAAACAGCGCUCCGUAGGAGCAACGAAAUUAAACCAUGCGUCUUCCCGGUCACACGCCGUCCUCACGAUUGAGGUUACCAUGACAGAUCAUCAGCAGCAUAGAACUGUAACCGGGAAAAUGAAUCUUGUAGAUUUGGCAGGCUCCGAGAACAAUAAGCUUACGGGCAAUGACGCGUCUCGGAUGCAAGAAUCUGCUGCCAUCAACAAAUCACUAAGUGUCCUUGGCCAAGUAGUUCGCAAUCUCAAUACUGGGGAAACGCGCAUACCGUUUAGAAAUUCAAAACUUACUCGAAUCUUGCAAGAUGCUCUUGGUGGUUCAUCUGUUGGACUACUCAUUUGUAACGUCGCGCCCGGCAUAAAAUUCAGGAAAGAUACCCUCAAUACCCUAAACUUUGCUGUAAGCGCUAAGAACGUCGAGAAUAAACCUGUCGUCAACGAACGCGAUUCGCGCCCUGCGCCGAAACCACAUUUUGCGGCACUAACAACACAACAUACGGUUCCGAAACUUGCUCAAAUCGCUGUACCUGCCCCUGCCCCACCAGCCCGAGCUUCUGGGUCGCAAGUGCCUCGUUCUCGGACCUCAUUGCUGCCUAAGCCACGUGCUUCAACAUUCGGAAGUGCUAGUUUCCAGCCCUUCACGGUGUCCUCGGGGUCACAAGACAGAAUAUCAGCCGAAGGAGAUCGCUCUGCCAGUAUGGGGCUUGGCCUCACUGACAAGGAAAUUGAUGAAAAGAUAUCCAAAGCGGUGGAGGCGGAAGUUGCUCGGAUACUAGAGGAGCGAGAGAAGGGGAGACUAGAGAAGGAAAAGGAAAAGGAAACAAGGAUGUCACCUGGAUCUGGCCGACAUAAGUCUAGGUCACCUAAGAAAGAGUCGGCUCCUCUUCCAUCAGGCGUGCUGACGCCCCUUCUGAAGCGGCAUAGAGACCUCGAUGAUGAGUUGAAAGCCCGGCUCCAGGAACUUGAGAGGAAGUUUGAACGUGGUAACAAAGAAACCGCACUGGCCGAUGCGCUGUCCCCUGUGUCUAGGAAGAAAACAGGCCGGGCGUAUGUUGCCCUCGCAAGGGCUCAUUCUGAUAAGGGUGAUCUUCAAGUAGCGCUAGAUCUUUACCGAAAAGCCGAAAGCUAUGUUCCGGAUAACAUCAAGCUAAAAGAGAGGAUCAUCCAAAUUGAAUGGGCUGUGGAUCAUGCUCAGCCAUAUGUACCAUCGCCAAAGAAGACCAAGAAGAAAAAAGAGAAGGUGAAAAUGAAGGAGGAAUGCCCUAUGUCCGACGAACAGAUGGAUGUGGAUGCAGUAGCUGAGGCGCUUGGAGCAGAGUUUGGAACGGAGCUGACGAACAUGGAGAUUCGCCAGGACCAAAGUCCCGGAGAGCGAUCUUCCAAGCGAAUCCGGGAACAAGCGAUCGAUGACGGCACUCCUGCGAAGAGGCCGAGAAAGGCGAAGAAGGCUGCUGUUAUAUAUAGCAGUGAUGAGGAGUAUAUCCCAGUUGCGCCUGUGAAGAGAAGUAGGCGGAAGGCUGCGGCGGCGUGAUGGGGCAGCACUCGUGAGAGCGGCCAAGAUAUCGAAGUUAUUGUGCAAGUCGAACGGUGCGGUGAUUUCUUUCGACGGGUGUUUCUAUCAUUGUUACGGGUUUCCACCAAUCACACAUUUUCUUUUUGAUUUACAGUAUAAUAAUCUCUGCAAUGUUGGAAUAUCAUCUGGACUUUUGCCG